AUGAUUGCUGCAGAUAUCCCCACUCUACCCGCAGGGGAAUCCCCAGAUCUGAUUCUGGUCCCAGCCACACCCUCAGAGCGCAUUGCCUCAAUCCGGCUGAACAGUGUCGCCUGGAAAGGACCAUUGAAUGUGGAAACGUACAUAGCACGCGAGAACCAUCUCCUCCAGCAACGGCUGACGCGUGAUGGCUUAACCUGCUGGAUCCUGGUGGACCGUAACGAGCCCGAGGAUGAGCGCACAAUUCUGAGCUCGUGCGAGUCAUACCAGAAGACAGCGUUGCUCGCACACGACGGGCAGGUGGAGAAAAUUUCCACCCAUGGCGUGGGGAGUGUUUACUGCCGGCCCGAUUUUCGCGGGAAGGGGUACGCAAAGCGGAUGCUGGAAGAACUGAGUACGAAACUUGAGACAUGGGAGAUGGAGAAAGAGCCCCGGCGGAAGUCGCUGUUUACGGUGCUUUUCUCGGAUAUUGGAAAGAAGUUCUACGCUCAGUUUGGGUGGCGGCCGUUCUCCUCUUCCCACAUGUCUUUGCCGGCUACUGCGGGGCAGGAGAAGACGCCCACGAGAGAUCUAUUUGCUAAGGAUGUUGAGAAGUGUGUGUGCAGUGAGGAUGUGCUUGCCAAACUGCGCGAUCAGAUGCUGGUGGCGUCGCAGAAGACGAGUGGUGCUAAGAUUGCUAUUUUGCCUAACUUCGAUCACUUUGUCUGGCAUUGGGCUCGAGAGGAGUUUUAUGCCGAGAACUUGUUCUCCACGCGCUCCCCGCCUGUAGUCAAGGGCGCUGGCGAUGACCAGGCUCGCGUGUACUGCGUUUGGAACCGAAACUUCGGCGAGACACCCGAGGAUAAUGUUCUCUACAUCCUUCGGUGGGUGUAUGAUGACCCCACAUCUCCGGCGGAGGAGCAGGCCACUAUCCAGGCCAUGGCUGCCAUCCUCCGGCGAGCACAACAAGAGGCACACGAGUGGAAUAUGAGCAAGGUUGAAUUCUGGAACCCUACGGCCCUUUUGCAGAAAGCCGUAGCUUUGGUGGAACCGAAGGCUGAGCUCGUGCACCGCGAAAGGGAGAGCAUUGCCAGUUUACGGUGGACUGGCGAGGAGCAAGGGUUGGGCAAGGAUGUGGAGUGGUGGCUGAAUGAGAAGUACACUUGGUGCUAA